AGCACCGGAGUGCGCGUCAAAUUCUACCCCGAAGCUGAAGCGGUCAGAAGUUGGAUUUGAAGCUGAGCUGUCUUGUGAUACAUUUCAAUCCGCCGAAGGAAAAACAAAGUUUUAUUGUUACGUAAAUAAGCCGGUGCGGAAGUGAGAAGCAAAUUUCAGAAUGAAACUCCAACUGGUAUUGCUGGUAGCGCUUUGCGCUUGCGUCUUCUCCUCACCUCUGCCUCAAGCGGCGGAAGAGCCUGCAGUUCCAGCCGUAGCAGCAGCCACUGUUGAUGAAAGCGCCCCUGCGACAACAACAGAAGUUGAGGCAGAGCAGCCAACUGAAAGCCCUACAACCAUAGUGCCUGCAGCUGAAGCGGUUUCAACGAAAGCAAGCUCCGAGCCCGAAGAAUCUAACAAGGUUGAAGAUGCUCCGAUCGAAAUUCAAGCUGGACUAACCGGCGAGACCAAGAAAGAAGAAGCUGCUGUAGCUCCAGCAGCCUCAUCGGAUGCCGUAGCUGAUGCCGCUCAAAUCACGGCGGAGGUAAAACAAGACACCGUAAAGAUUGCCGAUGCUAUCGAACCAGCAGCUGUUGCUUCAGAUGAAUCUAACCGAGAAGUACGAAAUGCUGAUGAAGAGGCCGAAGAAAAUGCACCAACCACAACUGAAGCGGUCGAAGUUGCUACUGUAGUUGCAGAGGAAAACCAGUCGGCGGUUAAACGUUCGGAUGCUGCUGCUACUGCUGAAGAAACCGGAUCACCUGCAGCCGAUGCCUCAGAACCCAAAGCUGAUGCUACCACCACACCGGCUGCCGUAACUACAAUCGCCACCGCUGAGAGCGCAGUAACUACCCAACCGAAAACCGACAGCUCUGAAGAGAGCAAGGAAAGCCAAGAAUCAGAGGAGGAAAAAUCUUAAACACCUACACACUAGUUGCAUACAGAAACAUCGUGCCAAUGAAUCUGUUUCAGUUCUUUUUUGACUAUCACUAUGCAGUUUAUUGAUCCCGUAUCAAUACAGCAUGUUGCAAAUGGAUUAUUCUUCAUCGAGAGUCAGUCCUUUCACCACAAUAUUGCCUCUGAAAUUCAAUUAGCACCUUAGAGUUUAUGAACAGUACAUAACAACAGUCUUAUUUCAAGUAGUAUUAUUUGUGCCUCCAAGUGAAGCUAUUAGAAGAGGAACUAGUGAUUACAUCUUUCCUCAUCCAAACAUACGGAUUUCUAAAAAACGAUGCGUUCCCAGAACUCCAGCAUUCAUCACAUUCCACCAAUUGAAAAUUUAAUAAGCACAUAAUACCUUUAGAACAACGAAAAGCAAAUUUAAAUUUUAGCGAAAUGUCGGUAGUCUAGUAGAAUAACACACAAACAAAUCAAAACAACUUAACGAAUGAAGAAAAAAAAACCUACAAAUUAUAGCUUAGACAUUUGAAGGCUUGUGAGUUGGAUCCUUACACAUAAAAAAGUCAUAACCUGAUAGACAGGAGACAAACGUGAAGCUUGAACAAAAUCAACUUUCUUCUACAUUUCCACAUUCCAACCGAUAUACCCAAAAGCAAAUGGCAAUAGCUAAUCAAGCAGAUACCUAAUAUCAAUUUUGAGUAGAAACAAAACAUAAAUAUUUCAAACAAUCCUGUGUAGACUGAAACCAACAACCUGGAAUGAUAGUAAGUAUUUCAAAACAUCACGACUGUAAAAGCAUUAACAUGACAAGUGUUGUAAAAGCCAAGUGUAAGAAAAUAAAUGAAUAAAUUGUAAUUUAUUUAAAA